AUGAGAGCUCUGGCCCAGAACGGCUCUUUCAGAGGCCAGCUUAGAGCGGCAUGUCUGCGCCAACUCUCAACCACAUCCCACUUAUCAAGGCUUCAGCCGCCAAAGGCCAGUAAGCCAAAGACAUUCAAGCCCAGGCUGAUAUCCCUGAAAGAAGCUUUGAGCACCGGUUCAAAACGUGAGGUAAAGCCUGUGCCUCAUUCUCGAGUUGAUUCGGUCAGCCAGGGCCAUGAUCCCAACACCAGACUGAGGCUCGACUUUGGCAAAUAUACUGGCCGCCACAAAGUCUUCCGCUCUACCGUCCUCCAUCGCUUCCAGGUUGUACUCAACUCCUUAGGGGCGGCACAACUUGGCGUCACUGAGGAUGAACUAAGUCGACAUGCGGCGCUCUUCAUGGACGCUAUCGAUCAUGCCUUUAUGUUGGCAGAAAAGAACAUAACCCGUCGUGACAAGAAUCCAAUGUUUUGGAACCUGCGUGACGCCUUUAUCAGCAAGGAUCUCAAGGGCCUGAGUAAGGAAGUCCAGUACUCGUUCCAGUCAUUCAUCGUUGGCCAGCGGUUUUCCAAGGACAUCCAAGACAGCCACCGACGCUUGCUAGACUUUCGAUUCCCGCACGAGUGGUUUCCUGCGACUCGAGCAAUGCAGCGUACGAUCCACGUUCACGUUGGGCCUACGAAUUCCGGCAAAACCUACCGUGCACUCAAGGCCCUUGAGAACUCCAAGUGCGGAGUCUACGCAGGCCCUCUUCGAUUACUUGCUACCGAAGUGUACCAGCGCUUUAAAGCAAAGAACAUCCCGUGUGCUCUCAUUACGGGUGAGGAAGUGCGGAUUCCCGAAGACUCGGAUCAGUACUUUUCAAGUUGCACAGUGGAAAUGAUUCCCCUCAACACCCGGUUCGACGUCGCCGUCAUUGACGAGAUCCAGAUGAUUGCUGAUGCCGAUCGUGGAAACGCUUGGACGUCUGCCGUGCUUGGUGUACAGGCUAAAGAGGUCCACGUGUGUGGCGAAGAGCGAGCUGUCAAGGUCAUCCAGGCCAUGUGCGCCAGCAUUGGAGACAAAUGUGUCGUUCACCGAUAUGAACGCCUGAGUCCUCUCAGAACCAUGGACAAGGCCCUCAAUGGGGACUACAAUAGUCUACAGAAAGGAGAUGCCAUUGUUGCAUUUAGCCGCCUCAAUCUUCACUCCCUGAAGCAGGGCAUCGAGCAGAAAACCGGAAGACGCUGCGCAAUCAUCUACGGAUCCUUACCACCAGAAGUUCGCGCCCAGCAGGCUGCCCUAUUCAACGACCCAGAUAACGACUACGACUUUGUCGUUGCCAGUGAUGCGAUUGGUAUGGGCUUGAAUCUGGAGAUUCGACGUGUGAUUAUGGAGUCUGUUACAAAGUAUGACGGCAGCCAAAACCGACUCUUGACAUUUCCCGAAAUCAAGCAGAUUGGUGGUAGAGCGGGACGAUACAGAUCAGCACAGAAUCCCGACGGCUCAGUGGAUGAGACAGAAAAGGUCGGUCUUGUCACCACCAUGGACCGGGCCGAUUUGAAAAGCGUGCAACGAGCCUUUCAGAAAAGUGUAGACGAUAUUGAGGCAGCCUGUAUCCAACCUCCUGCGGGCAUCGUGGAGCGAUUUGCUUCCUACUUUCCACCAGACACCCCACUAUCUUUUAUCUUAAAGAGAAUCCAGGAGACGGCAACGGUCAGCUCCUUGUACAGGAUUGGGCUGGGAUCAGAUAUCUUGGAAAUUGCAGACAUUAUCCAGGAUAUCCCGCUCACGAUCCACGACAGGCUCACGUUUUGCUACCUGCCUGUUGCUCUUCGUGCAGACAGGGCUAUCGACGUGCUUCGUGCUCUUGCGCAAGUCGUCGCCACAAACUCAAAGGGGGAUCUCCUCGACAUUGAAGAGAUACCAUUGGAGUAUCUGGACUUGAAGAUGGAGGACUUUCAGGUAAAGGAAAAGUACCUCGCCAAGUUAGAGUCACUACACGUUGCCGUGAACCAGUACGUGUGGCUCUCGUACCGCUACUCAGGCGUGUUCCGCAGCCAGGCCCUGGCCUUUCACGUGCGAUCGCUAGUGGAGGAGAAGCUCAUGAAGACUCUGGACCGUCUUGACUUUAGCGACGAGCAUCUGGAGCGUAAACGAAAGACUAAGCGUUUGCUGGCAAAGUCUCGCGAUGCCAACAGGACGGCGAUUGGCGAGGGGGAUGCAGACGAAGUGGAGCAGUUUUCGGAUGACGACUAUGUUCUUGAUGAGGUGGCUGAGAGGGGAAAGCAACAAGUGCGGGCUGCGUGA